UUUUUCAGUUCUUUGCAGUGGUUUUUUCAACUCAGCAAUGAAUGUCCGACAAAGUGUUACACUGUUAUUCUAUUUCUGCUGCAGUUAUUAAAAUUUGUGGAAAAUGAAAAAUUUAUUGAUUUUGUUUUGGAAAAAUUAAUAGAAUUUAUAUUUUUUUCUUGUGAAAUGAACAAACGCGUAUUUAACGACUUUAUGUGCAAAAGAAAAGUUAUUUUGCAGUGUGGUUGGGGGAAAGUUCGUAGGCAGUGAAUGAAAGUCAUAAAAAAGACGAUUGGAGGAUUGUGUUUGUCUGGUUGGUAUGUGGCUAAAGUCGCGGAUACAAAAAGAAAGGUGUGGAGCUGUAAACAUAGUGGAUGAAGUACGUUGAUGCCACAAGGACAAAGCGCACACAGCUUUGAGCAAUACAGCAAAUUCAUAGCUAAACGAGAACAACUGAAACAGAGAAAAAAGUUUACGAAACAAAUACAAACAAAAGGUUUCCCAAAGCGGAAGUUAUUAACUUCCAAGCAAGUGGUUCAGCGUUUUUGCUGCUGCUGCUGCUUGUUUGGUGAUUGUAGUGGCCAGUCUUGAAAAAAUCGUUAAGUAUAACUGGCAUUAUAAUCAUAAUCCUACUGUGGAAGAACCUGCUCGCUGCGACCGUUCCAACAUGUCGAGUCGCAGUCGGGCAAUACUCAAUGUGAACCUCGAUGCCGCAAUGGCCAACGAUCCAUUGCGUGAACUCUUCGAAGCAUGUAAAACGGGUGACAUUGCAAAAGUAAAGAAGCUCAUAACAACACAGACGGUGAAUGCGCGAGACACUGCUGGUCGCAAAUCGACGCCUCUACAUUUUGCAGCAGGUUAUGGUCGCCGCGAGGUGGUCGAGUUUCUAUUGAAUGGUGGCGCUUCUAUACAGGCUUGUGACGAGGGUGGCCUACAUCCGUUGCAUAAUGCCUGCUCAUUUGGGCAUGCUGAGGUGGUGCGAUUACUGCUAAAGGCCGGCGCGAGUCCCAACACAACGGACAACUGGAAUUACACACCGCUGCACGAGGCGGCGAGCAAAGGCAAAGUGGACGUUUGCAUAGCGUUGCUGCAGCACGGUGCCAAUCCGAAUAUACGCAAUUCGGAGCAGAAGACGCCACUGGAAUUGGCCGAUGACAACACACGCCCCGUGCUGACAGGCGAAUAUCGAAAGGACGAGCUAUUGGAAGCGGCACGCUCCGGCGCAGAAGAUCGCCUUCUGGCAUUGCUUACACCACUGAAUGUUAAUUGUCAUGCCAGUGAUGGUAGGCGCUCGACGCCAUUACAUUUGGCUGCCGGCUAUAAUCGCAUCGGCAUUGUGGAGAUUCUAUUGGCAAAUGGCGCAGAUGUUCAUGCCAAGGACAAAGGCGGCUUAGUGCCAUUACACAAUGCCUGUUCGUAUGGACACUUUGAGGUGACAAAGCUGUUGAUUAAGGCAGGUGCCAAUGUGAAUGCCAACGAUUUGUGGGCGUUUACGCCAUUGCAUGAGGCGGCAUCAAAGAGCCGGAUCGAGGUGUGUAGCCUGUUGCUGAGCAAAGGCGCGGAUCCUACGCUGCUCAACUGCCACAAUAAGUCAGCGAUCGACUCGGCGCCUACACGAGAACUACGUGAACGCAUUACAUAUGAAUUCAAAGGACAUUGCGUGCUAGACGCUUGCAAAAAGGGCGAUAUAGCGCGUCUUAAAAAAUUUCUCUCUUCCGAAACUGUUAACUUUGUGCAUCCAUAUUCCGGUGAUACGCCUUUGCAUGCCGCCGCCGUGUCUAUCGAUCCAAAACGCAAGCAGAUUACAGAAAUACUCAUACGCAAAGGCGCACUGUUGAAUGAAAAGAACAAGGCGUUCCUCACGGCGCUCCAUCUUACAGCCGAACACUUGCACUACGACGUGAUGGACACACUCUUGAAGAAUGGCGCCAAGGUGAAUGCAUUGGAUGGUCUGGGUCAAACUGCGUUGCACAAGUGCGCCAGGGAUGAGCAAGCCGUGCGUCUAUUACUAUCUUAUUCCAUUGAUACAACUAUCAUUUCGUUGGAGGGCUACACAGCUGCACAGCUCGCGUCUGAUGCUGUGUUGAAGAUACUUAAGGAUCCGCCGGAUACGGAAACACAUUUGUUGGAAGCCGCUAAAGCGGGCGAUCUGGACACGGUACGCCGCAUUGUGCUCGCCAAUCCGCACACAGUGAACUGCCGCGACCUGGAUGGGCGUCAUUCCACUCCACUGCACUUUGCCGCUGGCUUCAAUCGUGUGCCAGUUGUUGAGUUCUUACUGGAGCACGGCGCGGAAGUGCAUGCCGCCGACAAGGGUGGAUUGGUGCCACUGCAUAACGCUUGCUCGUACGGUCAUUACGAGGUCACAGAGUUGCUGGUGAAGCAUGGCGCCAAUGUAAACGUGUCGGACUUGUGGAAGUUCACACCUCUCCAUGAAGCAGCAGCCAAAGGCAAAUAUGAUAUUGUGAAAUUACUACUUAAACAUGGCGCCGAUCCGUCGAAGAAGAAUCGCGAUGGUGCCACGCCAGCUGAUUUGGUCAAGGAGUCAGAUCACGAUGUAGCGGAAUUGCUGCGCGGUAACUCAGCGUUGCUGGAUGCCGCGAAGAAAGGUAACUUGGCGCGUGUACAACGUUUAGUCACGCCGGAAACGAUCAAUUGUCGUGACGCACAAGGGCGGAAUUCAACACCACUGCAUCUAGCGGCUGGCUACAAUAACUACGAGGUCGCAGAGUAUCUGCUGGAGAAUGGUGCCGAUGUCAAUGCACAAGACAAAGGUGGCCUAAUACCGUUGCACAAUGCAUCCUCUUACGGGCACUUAGACAUAGCAGCUCUGUUGAUUAAACACAAGACUGUGGUGAAUGCCACCGAUAAGUGGGGCUUCACGCCGUUGCAUGAAGCCGCCCAAAAAGGCCGCACACAAUUGUGUGCGCUACUGCUCGCGCAUGGCGCUGAUCCGUACAUGAAGAAUCAAGAAGGCCAAACACCAAUUGAAUUAGCGACUGCGGAUGACGUAAAAUGCCUGCUGCAGGAUGCAAUGACCACAUCAUUGGGCGACUCGACACUUAGCUCAUCACAACAGUCCCUCAUCAGCAAUUCUCCUUCACCGGCACCAACAGCAGCUGGUGCAACAGCGAGUACAUCAGCAGCUAGCGCUGGUAGUUUAACUGCCGCCGCUGCAGCCUGCAAUGUCCUUUCACCAACAACUGAGACCGUAACACUGCCUUCUGGUGCCUCGAUGACGCUUAGUGUGCCGGUGCCUCUACCGUUGUCAACGCGCAUGAGUCCUGCGCAAGGUGCCGAAGCGAACUCUGGUGACUUGACCAGCAGCGACGAGGUGCCCGAUCCCGAGUCUAUUACCAAUGUGGCCAGUUUCUUGUGCAGCCAACAGUUGGAGCAUCUAAUCGAUCUCUUUGAACGUGAACAAAUCACGUUGGAAAUACUAGCCGAAAUGAGUCAUGAGGAUUUGAAGCAAGUGGGCGUGUCUGCGUAUGGAUUUAGGCAUAAAAUAUUGAAAGGUAUUGCGCAGCUGCGCGCCACUACAGGCAUUGGUAGCAAUGUCAAUCCAGGUACUCUGUUAGUGGAUCUCUUGCCAGACGAUAAGGAAUUUCUCGCGGUUGAAGAGGAAAUGCAGGCUACUAUACGUGAACAUAGAGACAAUGGCCAAGCGGGUGGCUACUUUACACGCUACAACAUCAUACGAGUACAAAAGGUACAGAAUCGCAAACUUUGGGAGCGUUAUGCCCAUCGUCGUCAUGAAGUGGCCGAGGAGAACUCCAUACAAGCCAACGAGCGUAUGCUUUUCCACGGCAGUCCUUUCAUCAACGCAAUCGUACAGAAAGGCUUCGAUGAGCGCCACGCCUAUAUAGGCGGGAUGUUUGGUGCUGGAAUUUACUUUGCCGAACACAGCUCGAAGAGCAACCAGUAUGUCUAUGGCAUUGGUGGAGGCAUUGGUUGUCCCUCGCACAAGGAUAAGUCUUGUUAUGUCUGUCCAAGGCAACUGCUUUUGUGUCGUGUGGCACUGGGCAAAUCGUUCUUGCAGUAUAGCGCAAUGAAAAUGGCCCAUGCGCCGCCAGGUCAUCAUUCCGUAAUUGGUCGCCCGUCGGCCGGUGGCUUACAUUUUGCUGAGUACGUAGUCUAUAGGGGAGAGCAGGCUUAUCCCGAGUACUUAAUUACGUAUCAGAUUGUCAAGCCCGAUGACAGCAGUAGCGGCAACGAGGAAUCGAGAUGAUGGCCCUCAGUUGGUUCAACGCCUACCACUACUUCGCCUGCACAACAGCAACACCAACAUCCGCAGCCACAACAGCAGCAGCAGCAACAACAACAGCAGCAGCAACAGCUAACGUACCAACAACCUCAACAGCAACAGCAAAAACACCACAAUUCGAUAAUAACAACAACAACAGCCACACAUCACUCGCAUUCGCAUCCGCACACGCACGCGAAAUUGCAACAGCAGCACUCACUGCCACUGCAACUGCAGUACCAACAUCACUCGCACCACCAGCAACAGCAGCUCGUGACCACCACACAGCCUUCACCGGCUGGCACGUUCAUCAAUCAAGCGGCCGGUCUUAUCACAACAGUCGCCAAUAGCGAUAUGUUGGGCCACAAUGGCGACAUUUCUCCUCUCUCUUCCAGCAAUUCCUUUUCGUCAGUGGACACCAAUCAAACACUACUCAACUCGAUUGCCAAUCAAACGCAACUCCAACAGCUCCAACAUCAACAGUCGUCGCACAUGUUGACCCAACUGCCGCCGCCGUUACCGCCGCCUACAAGCAAUAACAGCAGUGCCAACCGUCAUAGCGCAAGCAAUCACUCCUAUCGCACCAAGUAUGGCCAAUUUAUGAUCAUCACACCAGCGGUCUCGAUUGACCGCGAUUAUGACCACGAUGAAGCGUUUGGCAGCGGUGGUUCUGCUGCAGCCGCUUUAACCAACAAUUUUGACUUUGAUGAGGAUGCCUAUUGCAAUGACAACAAUACCAAUGCCAAUGGCAACAAUAGCAAUGCAAACAAUGGCAAUAUUUUUCGCAUGUCACUACUGCAAAAUAGCAGUAGCAUCGAUAGCGGCAACAGCAGCGACAGUUCAUUCCGCUCCAACUAUAAUCCCUAUCUGCAUCACAGUCGCCAACAUUUGCUACCAAAAACGGCGCCACACUUCUAUACGUUCUCGUCGUGGCGUUGGUGUACACUAAUUUGCGCAGCAAUGCGUUGCUUCGGUGGUGGGCAUAGCUCGCAUGGCCCGUACAGCACCAGCUUUGCGCGACCGCCAUAUCAACGUUCGCGCAGCUCGGGUGCGCAAACGACCCGUUCCUCGCAGCCACAUCGUCGACUGCGCUCCUCUUCCUUCACCGCCGAAACGGCUUUUGAGCAUUUCUCGGCACCCUUUAAGGCGCGCAAAACGCGCGAUCACCUCAAUAACAUUACCUACGAAUUGUGACGGUGGCGGCAGCGAUCACGACGACACCAAUGCCAAUUCGAAUUUGAGCCAGCAAUUAUGAUGGUGAUGAUGACAACUACAAUUGUACUACUACGAACAAUUCGAACGACUGCAGCACAGAAAGUUAGCGCGUUUUUUGAUCUCGUAUUCGUAUUUAUAUUCGCUUUGCUAAUCGGCGGCGCAACGCCUCAGCCAUGUUGUGGCAGGAGUAGUAGUGUCAGUACCGGCAACGCGCUGUCGUCGUAUUCCACUUUGAAUGUUUAUUAUAUUUACUUAUUAUGAAGGAAAGAAAAAAAAAAACACAAAACGAAAAUGAACAACAAAAAAACAAAAAACUAUUACUCGUAUUACACUCUUAUAUUUACUCCAUAUUUCUUGUACUUUUAACUUAUAGUCGUCGUCGUCGUCGUCGUGUUAUAGAAGAAAAAAAACAAGAAAAAAUAUACAAUAUAAAUUAGCACGUAAAAUUUAGGUAGCGAACGUUUCGACAGAAAGCAGAAAGACUCUUAGAAAGCGAAGCAAAACGAUUUAAAAACCACUAGCGACGAAACAAUGAAAAUCAAAAGCAGUAAAGAAAGAGGCGCAAGCAAUAAAAAUUAUAAAUAAACAGGCUUGAAUGCGUUGUUGAAGUAAGUUUUGAAGCGAAACGUUUACUUGCCCUAGCCACUAUUAAUACGCACCCUACAAUUUCUACUCGUUUACAACCCGUUGCACAAUUGUAAACACACCACUAUAUUUUUUCAUAAAUAUAUAAUUUUUUUUUUCUUUAAAUAUAAUAUUUAUUUGUAAAAAUAUAGUACAUAAUAUAAAGUGUCAAACAUUGUACUAAAAUUUUCAAGAUUUUAUCAAAACUUUUAACUUUUUAACCGGAAUUUAAUAAAUGUUUCUAAAUAUGAUGUUCCUCAGCCCAUUGAAUUCUAGCAAAGUUCAAGUUUUUUUGUUGGCGUUGCUAGGAUUUUUCUUCCAUAUAAAAAAAAUUCGAAAAUUUACUUACUUAAAAUAUAUCAAAAAUCAACGCGAUUUUAUAUUCACUUGAAACCUGCACUUUGUUUGUUAAAAUUUAAUGGGCAGAAAACUGCAAACUCAGAAUAAUUCUGAGUAAAGAGUUGAAGGUAGGUAGGUUUGAGUAGCACGGGUACACUAGGAGUGGCACUAGAGUGCCAUUUUGAUUCCAUAAUGUAGACCACUACCUGUGAAAUAUUUCACAAGGACUGCCUCUGGCUAUCCUCAAAAGGUAAACUAAAAAACCUCAAGCGCCUAGCCAGCAGACUCGGACAUUUGUAAAAAAAAGUGUUCAACAGUCUCUUUCUCUGCCGGAUACCCACACAGUUUCUGCAAUGGAAGUUGUACAGAAGUCCAAACUUCUCUGAGUGAAAGUUUUGAUCAAAUUUUGUACAAAUUUUGAAACUCCACGCUUCGUUUUUGGCGUUCUUACGAUAUUAAGAAUUUUCUUCCAUAUAAAGUGCGUGUUCGGAAGUGUUUUAAAUGGAAGAAAAUGCUCAACACCUCGCGAAAAAAAUUAUGAAAAAUCAACGAGAAGUUUGAACGACGUGAAGCUUUUAAUUUGCUAUUUUAAUAUUGAAUGGGCUAUAAAACUGUAUACCCAUAAUUUUUCUAAAAAUUCUGAAUAAAAAGUUGAAUUUUUUUAAUUUUUGUGAAUUUUGUAAAAAUUCUGAUUAAAAAGUUGAAAUUAGGAUAUGUUUUUGAAAUUUUUAUUUAUUUUUAUUUUUGUGAAUUUUGCACAAAAUUUGAAACUUAGCGUUAUUGAAUGGGCUAUAAAACUGUAUACCCAUAAUUUUUCUAUAAAU